AUGCGGCAACAUACAGCAAUGCCUCAAUUCAGUAAUUUUGCGUUAACUAUAGUUAUAAAAGAUCUUAACAACAACCACUAUUCGAGCAAAUACAAUGGUUCCGAAUUGAAAUCUAUAUUAAAAGAUUUGGAAAAAUCAAAGCACAAAAAAUACAACGAUGAUUGUAUUAAUAGAAAUUCCUAUAUCGGUCAGCUUAUCAAAGAACCUCCGUUAAACGCGUUUAAUGAUUUGGACCCUUUAAAAUGGAUUCAAUUUGAUGAACUUAAAAAUAUUGAUUACUCUACAGAACAUAAAAAAGUUUAUUCAGCCGAAUGGAUAGGUAAUCAAAGUCAGCAAUGUAAAAAAGAGGGAGAAAUGAAGCAUUUAUUAGUAUUUGAUAAAAUUUGCAACAAUAAACGUCCAACAAUUAAACCCGAAGUACCGGAUUUAUUUAAGCAACUCAUUAUGCGUUGUUGGGAUUCUAAUCCAGCUAAUCGUCCAGAUGCAAAUGAGUUAUACGCAACAAUUUAUAAAUGGUGGAAAGAAAAGGAUAACAAAGAUUCCGUGCUAUAUAAACAAUUUCCAAGAUCAAAGGAAUUUUCCCGAAAAAAAAUUCCUGUGCGUAUUUUUCCCUCCCAACCUCUUGCAUCAAAAAUACAUCCAACAGCACGUUACACGAGUCAACUGCUCAAAAUUCCUAGCUUUUCAAAAUAUCUUGCAAGCGAUUUCA